ACCAGAAAGAAUGCAAGAAAAUGGAGUCUGGUUUAACGGUGUGGAUUAGAUUUCCACUCCCAUUGUUUUUAAACAUACAGUAAGCAUGUCAUAGUCAGGAAUUGGUGGAUGAUUGAUUGACUGUUGUGUACUUUUUAUGUGCUGGCCAAUAGCAUUUAGUGUUCUUCUUUAAAAGGCUGUGUGCAUUUUGUGGGGCUUCAUUUCUGCCGAGGCCAUGAUGGAGGGAGUCGCAGCGCGAGUCGUCCUCCUUGGACUGCUGCUGGCCUGUGUUCCCACGGCACUGACCAGUAAGUGUGCAGUCAAGCGAGAAGGUGAAGAAAGAGGCCCUGGAUCUUUGUCUGAAGUAUGGCUUUGUGACUCCUCUCACCUCCAUGGUGGUCACCAAGCCCCAGGGAGAAACCUCACAGGUGGCCCACAAGCCCAAGAAGGGGGCGAACCCCACCAUGAGCCACCACCAUGGAGUCCCCAUGUGUCUCUGAUCCUACUGGACAAGGCGAUGGACAUCAUCAUAGGGUUAACACCGAUCAUCAUCAUGCUCUACAAGGGGAAUGGAAUCAAGUUCAUGUGGCCUGUCCUGAGGCAGCGCCCGACAGGAGACAACAUUAUGGGGAUCAUGGCCCAUCCACCUGUUGCUUAUGAGGAGGUCCAGGGAACAACAAUGAAACUGAAGAUGAAGGACAAAGAAGUAGACGUCUCCAGGUUGGAGUGGUUGGUGGAGAGAACAGCGAUGUCAUCUUCCAAGUCUUCCAGCUGGGUAAACAGGGCCCACUGGAUGCCUCUGGGUUUAUGGGAUGUGGUUUGGGUUAUGAUUCAGUGGUAAGGAGGAAGAGGAUAGGAGAGAUGAUGCACCUUUUGUCUCAAUGCAGAGAUGGUAUUACCUAUGAAGACCCCGCAUUCAAAGUGUUCAUAUAAUUGUCCUAUGAUUGAACUCUUAAAAAUAAAUAUGCUGUCUAGAACCUAAGAGGGUUCUUGAUAAGGGAAUUAUAUGCUUAAAGGUAAUGAUGAAAAUAUUCCACCCUGAAACCAUAUAAUUGUAUGAAAUUUAUAAGAAUCAUAAAUCUUUAAUCUGAUGGUGUGUAGUUUUAGUCAGAAUUAGAACAAUGACCUUUCGCUCCUUUUUAGUAUGUAAGCAGGGUGCAAGUGUGAAACAAAUGAUAAGAGGCGCUAUCGACAGACAAGUUGUACUACUGUGUUCCUUACAGGACAUUCUGCCUCCACCCGUGGAGAGGAGAAACUGUUAGGCUUGCAGAAGAUUAUGAAACAUGUUGCAGAUUAAAGAAACAAUGUAUCUGUGUAGUGGAUAAACAGACUCUCUGAGCAUGGCGUAGUUUAAGAUUUGAACUUGUUUGUGUGUGUUAUAAAGACUGUUUGCAUUUUUUACUUUAGAACGUUCUCGUGAAUAAACAGUACUAACCUUUUGCAUAAA